AUGAACGGCCGUGACCGUCCCCGCCCGCCACCGCCGAGUGAUGCGCGACGCGGAGGCGAUCCUCGCAAUGGCUCCGGCUCCGGCUCCGGAGACACCUCCAUGUCCAGGGCCGAGAAAUUCGAGGACGAAAAGAAGCGCAUCGUUCAAAGUUGCUACUCCAAGAAGGAUAAUGACGGAACUUUGAUCGAGUCCUAUAUCACCCACGUCCGCAUCACCGAAGAUGCAUCUCACCCCUCUGCCCCUGCCCCGCCAGAUUCAGCUCCCGGAAAUAAGAAACCUCGCGUCAUUAUCGUGUCGGUUCGAAGAUCAGGCCGUGUGCGAAUGCAUAAGGCCCGUGAGAAUAAUGAUGGCACCUUCUCAAUUGGUAAAACCUGGAUGCUCGACGAUCUUACCGCGAUCCAAUCAUAUAGCGCUUUCGUGCCGAAGUCUCCAGCCGAACAACAACAAAAGGAUUGGGCAGGGGAUCUUGGGUUUAUCGUGACUGUGGGAAAGCCUUAUUAUUGGCAUGCUAGAAGUGCUAAGGAGAAGGAUUUCUUCAUUGGCAGUUUGGUGAAGAUCUACAAGAAGUAUACCGGAGGCAAAGCACCGAACCUCAUUGGGUUCGAUGAGAGAGAACGACAGCUGCUUGUCGGCAGUGCAGACCCUUCAGCGGCUCCAGGUCCAGCUCCACUGGGUUCACGAGGUGAUCUUGGCUCAACGCCGGAAAUCACUAAACCUCCCCAGCAACAACCCCCGCCGCGGCCAUCAUUCAAGCGCGAUCCGAGCCGCGAUGGAGCUCGAGAACUUCGGCGCAGACCCUCGGAGGAUCCCGUGCUCCGGUCUCAGAAGAGUCAUGAACAAAUGAACCGCCCAUCCACUGCUUCAAAGCCGGCUCCUUCACCCUUCGGACCACCUCAGAUUCCACCACCCACUGCCCCACCCCCGCGAGCGGAACUAAAAAGCAAAGACUCACCAACAACGUUUCUCAAUACUGCCGAUGAAAUUAGCCAUACCACUGCUCAAGACGAAUCCCGGCCACCGCCCUCCCGAGAAGGCCGUGGACCGAUCCCGCCGUCACUUCGCGCAGCUCCACCACCCGAACCUAGACCAUUGGAACCGAAGCGUAGCACAGAUGUUCUGCGCCCUAUUACCCCUGGCUCAUUUACCAGCGACACUCGAGGCGUCACUGCAAGCCCUGGAAGCAGCAUCGGUCCGAAAUCCCCGUAUCGUGAUGGUGUUGAGACAGCAUCUGCGGCGGCCCAGGACCAGGACCACCCUACACCAGAUACUAUCACCCCGACAGCUGCACUGGAUGUACCAAAGCCAAUACCCACACCUGAAGCUGAGGCGCCAUCUUCGCCACUAGCUGUGGAGCCUGAAGUUGCAGCAGCUGUCGCGGCUGCUGAAGAACUAUCGAAAUCCGCAGCGGCGGAAACCGAAGUCCCGAAGGGUGAAUCUCCGACUAGUCCCUCUCAGGCGGCAGAUGAAGGGGCAGAGGCACAUCGCCCAGGCCUAGGCCCAAUGAUUAAAAAGAAGUCCGCAAAAGAUAUUGCGACCGCUUUCCGCAAAGCUGCAACCACCUAUGGUGCUUUCAAACCACGCCCUGGUGGGGCCGGCGAGCGUCUCCUCGCAGCAGCAAAGAAACAACAGGCUGAGGCGGUAGGCCCAGAUGGUAUAACGGGGGUUGUUCCAGCCCCCUCCAGAUCUACCAAUGAUACAUUGAAAACCUCUGUAGAUGAUGCCGCAGAAAGGGAGACGUCGGUGGCAUCGGCGGCCGCUAGUUCACAACCUCCUACACCAACUGUUGAAAUCACCCAACAUGCAGUUGAGGAGCCUUUACUUUCUCCGGAUCCUACCCCCGAAGAGUCCAAAGAUUCAUUGUCAGAUCUUGCAAAGGUUGAUAGUCGUUCGAGAAGUCCAUCCCCAGCUGCCCAGGGUCGUCGCCGGAGACGCCGUGAAGACCAUACCAUCAAAUACUGCCAGUCCCUUGGAAUCGACCCCAGUGUCCUCGAUGGACGUGGUAUCGAUUUUGACGAUAUUCUGACAGAUCUGGGAUGGAACGGGCGACUGGGCGAAGAGCAGAAGAUUGAGGACCUGGAAGCAGAUGUGCGCCGUGAGAUCGGCCGCGUCGAAGCGACCAGCUGGCUUGGCAAUCUUGAGCAGCAGGAGGGCAAGGUGGAGCAACUGGCUGUCCUCAUUGACAAGACCAUUGAAGAGUGUGAGGAGCUGGAUGGCCUACUUACUCUGUACUCGCACGAGUUGAACACUCUCCACGAAGAUGUUGCAUACAUUGAAGCUCAGUCUCAGGGUUUGCAGGUGCAAACUGCCAACCAGAAGCUCCUGCAGAAUGAGCUGCAGACUCUUCUCAAGACUUUGUCAAUCUCAACAUCUGAGAUGCGCCCCCUCAAGGAGGCUUCUUUGAGUAACCCUGAUGGGUUGAAGGAUACCGAAAGCGCCCUGUCGACGCUGUACAAGGCCAUGCUCAUGAUUGACGCUGAUAUUGGUCAAAACAAAAAGCGCCAGGCUGACGCCAGCGUUGGUGUUUAUGCAAACACUGAAUUCGGCCAAAUGCGUGCCAUCAAGGAGAAGAAGGGCGAGUACCGCCAUUCCGCCAUGACAUUCCUGCAACGGCUCAAGCCAUUCAUGGCUCUUGCCUUCAAGAUGGCCGAACAAAAACGGGUGGAUGCUCUGACCAGCUCGCCCAGGGAUCCCAUGAAGUUGGACGGCUCUGCACGGCAGCAAUUCCGUGGAGAAGUGUGGAGAUAUCAUCCAUUGAUGCUGUUUGCCAAGGAAAUCAGUAUGUCGGAAUGGAAUGAUCUCGUUCAGCUCUACGAACAACAAUCCAAGCCGUCCUAUCAGAACGAUUUCCGUGACAACACACUGGCAUGGAAGAAAAUGGCUCGUAAACCGACUGGAGAGGAGCAAGAGCUCCUUUUCACUCACCAGGAGAAAGAGAAGGAAGGCGAGGGCAUCACCAUGGCAGCUCGUAAGCUUACUGUUCGUCGCGGCAAGACCAUCCGAGCUGCAACCGGUCUCCGCUUGGCUUCGGGUGAAAAGAAACACACCGGCAAGGUGGAGCCGUGCGAGGCCUUUGCUUCCACUCUGCGAGAGACAGUGAGCAUGAUCACGGAUGAGCAGAAUUUUGUUGUUCAAUUCUUCCAUCUAGACUCCCUUGCUAGCGCUGACUUCUCGGAUUUGGUGGCUGCUGCAAGCCCAGAGGAUCGUCAGUGCCCAGACUUCUCUGCCAAACUGUCGCAUGACCCCGACCGGCAGAUGGCGAAGCGCGUUGAGCAGAUUAUGGAUGAGGUCUAUUCUUUCUGGCCAAAUGACCUGCAGAGCAUGGUGGACUGGGCAGUCCAAGCUGAUCCUAUGCAAGGGAUUGGCAUCUUGUUCGCUCUCGAAUCUGCUAUGUCUGAACUCGACGAUAGUAAUCAAGAAUUCAUCAUCCACGCGCUGCAGAAGCUCCACUCGCGUCUAAUGGGCUUAUUCAAUCGCUUCGUGGAUGAACAGCUUCGCGGUAUCGAGGACACCAAGGUGAAGGUCAACAAGCGAAAGGGCGUGAUCUCCUUUAUGCGAGUCUUCCCCCACUUCUGCACAGCUGUCGAAAACAUGCUGGCCCACUCGGUCGCUGAGACUUGUGACAUCCGAGUCAGCGUCAACGAUGCAUAUGACCGCAUCAACCGGGCCAUGUGGGAGUCGCUCAAGUUCAUCGCCAAAGAAGCGCCGGGUCAAGCUCCGGGUGUCGCUGCCAGCGCCGGAGACCCCGAGGACAAGGAGGUGCUGAAUUACCACAUUCUCCUCAUUGAGAACAUGAAUCACUAUGUCGAGGAGGUUGAUGUGCACAGCCUGCCGGUACUCGAACGGUGGGCGGACCGAGCGCGCCAAGACUUCGAGGCGCACAUGAAACUUUAUCUGGACGCUGUCAUACAUCGGCCGCUGGGCAAAUUGCUUGAUUUCAUCCAGUCCAUUGAGAUUUUGCAGGCCAAUGGUAACCUCGUCGAGAUUGCAACACGCGCCAGCCACUCACGCAUGGUGGCCAAGAAGGUGCUUUCCUCAUAUGAUGCAAAGGAAAUCAAGCGAGGCGUGGAGAUGCUGAAGAAGCGGGUGGAAAAACACUUCGGCGACGCCGACGACCCUGGUCUUAGCCGCAGCCUGGUGCUUAAGGUGCUCCGGGAAUGCGAGCUUCGCUACGAGGAUGCAUGGGACCGCACCCGGCGAAUCAUCGACACAGUGUACGAGGGACAGCUGGAGAUGGAAUGGCGCAAGGAGGAUGCCCUUACCAUGUUUCGCAAAUGA